AUGUCAUCAUUUAGCGAACAUGCAAGCGAAUUAGGCAAUGUUGUACCAAGUAAACCAUUGAUAUUUAUGAAACCUUCCAGUGCUUUUGUUAUUGAACCAAAUAAAAUCAUAAUUCCACCAGAAUGGGAUGAACUUCAUCAUGAAGUUGAAUUAGGUGUUAUUAUAGAUAAACAAUGUCGAAAUGUUAAUAAAGAUCAAGCUGAGGAAAAUGUUGGUGGAUAUUGUCUUGCACUUGAUAUGACUGCACGAAAAAUUCAAGAUCAAUUAAAAAAACAAGGUCAUCCAUGGUUACUUGCAAAAGGUUUUGAUACAUCAUGUCCAUGUGGUGAUUUUAUUGAUAAAAAUAAACUUGAUGCAUCAUCUAUUAAUCUUUGGCUUAGUGUUAAUGGGCAAAUGAGACAAAAUGGUCAUACACGUGAUAUGAUUUUUUCAAUUGCAGAUAUGAUUGUUUAUAUAUCAAAAUAUAUAACACUUGAACAUGGAGAUUUAAUUUUAACUGGUACACCAGCGGGUGUUGGACCAGUUAAAAGAGGAGAUCAAAUUGAAGCUGGUAUAAAUGGUGAUAAUAAUUUUAAAUAUUCGAUGAAAUUCAAUGUUGCUUCUCAAUAA